CUACACUGUUUUAAGAGAAAGCACGUUAAUAUGAUUUGAAUACACAGGAUCAAAAUAAAAGUAUGUGAGUGUAAAAAAAGAUUUGAUGAUGAGGGCAAGACCUAGGAGUAUACUAAUUACAGUUGGUCUAGUGUUGUGCACAGUGUUUUGGCUAGCAUUGUUUUCUAAGGAAGACAGGAACUAUGAUCAUGUACUUCAGGUCAGAGUUGCUGAACUACAAGACAAGUUGGAGAUGUCAGAUACAUUAAACAGAGAAAGACAAGAUAAUCUAAAUAACCUAAGAAAUCAGUUCAAUUACUUUCUACAAAUGGUCUCACCGAAUUCUACUGUUAACAGAUCUCAAUCUGACUAUAUGUCUUCUGAGCCCCAGGAACUUUUCAGAGGUCAUUUACAUAAUAUAACAGAAGAGAACCAGUCAGGAACCAGUUUACAUCUACCAAGUAUCUUUACAUACCUUCCACAUCUUACUGGGCAUCCAGAAAGUCUGAAACCAGACUAUCAUCUGUCAAAAAAUAAAUUUGGAGCUUCCAUUGUUAUUGGCAUACCAACAAUCAAAAGAGAAAAAAUCAGUUAUCUCAGUAAUACACUGAAGUCUUUAGUUAAUGGUCUGACUGCACAGGAGAAAAGGGAUUGUCUUAUUAUUGUAUUCAUAGCAGAGCCAUACAACAAUGACUAUGUGGAAUCAGUUGGGAGGGAAGUACAAACCAGUUUUCCGAAGCAAGUUGAGUCAGGAUUAAUUGAAGUUAUAUCUCCAUCAGAAGACUUUUAUCCUAAUCUAAAUGAUAUACCAUUAACUUAUGGUGACACAAAGGAGAGGGUAAAAUGGAGGACAAAACAAAACCUGGAUUUUUCCUUUAUUAUGCUGUAUGCCAGAACAAGAGGGAUUUAUUAUGUUCAGUUAGAAGAUGAUGUACUGGCCAAGCCUGGUUACUUUACCAUUAUGAAAACAUUUGUUGAACAGCAGUCACAGAAAGACUGGGUUCUGCUGGAGUGUUCAUCACUUGGAUUUAUUGGAAACAUGUUUAAAUCUUCCAAACUACCAAUUGUAGUAGAAUUUUUCCUGAUGUUUUUUAAAGAUAAACCUAUAGACUGGUUGUUGGAUUAUUUAUUAGCUGUUAAAGUGUGUAACCCAAAGAAGGAUUCAAAACACUGUAAUCGUAUGAAGCAGGAAGUUAGAGUUCGAUUCAAACCUUCGUUGUUUCAACAUGUUGGUAUGCAGUCAUCUCUGAAAGGGAAAGUACAGAAGUUAAAGGAUAGACAUUUUGGAAAACAUAUGUUAUUUCGUGUGCAUGUGAAUCCUCCAGCUGAAUUAUGGACUUCCUUGACAACUUACCGCAAAUUUACUGUACAGAAAGCUUAUAUAGGACAAGACAUUUUCUGGGCAUUAUCUCCUAACCAAGAUGAUUACAUAGAAGUAAUACUCAAACCACCAGUUGUUUUAGAUGAGAUUUUGUUUCGUAGUGGGAAAGCUGAUCACAGAGAAGACAAGUUCUACAACACAUCAUUACAAGUUAUUCCUCUUAAUUAUCAUGAUCCUAUUAAAAACAGGGCAAAGAAAACCAAAGAUGGAUACUUUGAUCUAGCAGAAUUUGAUAAGGAAGGGAUUGUACAUGUUAGAUUAGAAAGUAAUGUUGGAAAACUGUCAAAAAUAAGAAUUAAAGUGCAUAAGUCAAGCGAAAACUGGGUUAUAAUUAGUGAGAUUCAUCUUAAACAGAGAACACAAAAACAAAGCUAGCAUUAGUUUGUGUGUAAAACUGACUGAGAUAUUAUUUGUUUUUAUUUGGUUCCAACCUCAAAGAUGAGGUUUCCUAUACAAGGAAAGUUUUGUAUAAUUAUAUCAUGGUUGUAUUCAUAAUGGAAAAAGCCAAGAACUUACCGGUGUAAAUCUACAAAGAGACUAUAGUACGUGUAAACUGUUUUGGUCAUCAUUCUCAAAGAAACAGUGAUCAAAGACACUCUACGGGUUGAAAACUAUGAUUUUAUAACAAUCAUGAUUUACCUUCUGUUUUAUGUUAAUCAAAAAACAGAAUCUUGAUUCUUAAUCAUGAUUUUAUUUAUGAGAUAAGUUGCUGACUAUGUGUUAUCAGAAUCGACAAUCUCUGUUCUUUGUUUUGGAAAGUCUAUUAUUUUUGGUCAAAUGUGACAACAGAACUGUGAGCUUUUCCACUAUGUUGCACUACAUACAUAGAUAAAAUCAGUACAAAAAUCACAAAGAAAUGAACUUGAAAUAACCAAUUUACAGAAUUAUAAAUUCAAGUUUAGUCAAAGU